CUCUGGACUUGUCAAAAAAUUCACUUCGCACACACCGCCGAGGUUACUGAUUUACUUCUCAUCAAAGCUGAAGAAACACAACCAGAACCCAGAAGGUACAUCAUUUGUCUGCGGGCCGUCAGGGACUCAAACAGUUGAUCGACUCUGAUGGACAUCUCCUGUUAUUCUUCUCUGGUCAAAGCAUCUGUCAUUCUGAGUUUUGGACGUUCCCUGGAUAUUGACUGAACGUUGUGCUGCUUCCGUGGUGACACUCCAGAGAGACCUGGAUUGACAGGUUUCCCUCCAGAGGAACUCUGAGGGGUCGACGCCGAAAGGAACAUGUGCUAGAAGUUCAUCUGUUCUAAACGACUGGUCGCCUUUAGAAGAUGAACAAUGAGGAUGAGUUCUACGACGCUGUCACAGGCCUGGAUUCUGAUGAGUCCUAUGAAGGGGUGUCGGAGGUCAGUUUCAAAGAUGCCGUGGUCUUUGACAGCAGCAGUCAGAAGAACAACGAAUCGGUGCCACAGGAGAACGGCGUCAAGAAACACAGGACGUCAUUACCUGCGGCCAUGUUUUCUAGAAGCACUGUCAGUAUCUGGAGCAUCCUGAAGAAAUGCAUUGGACUGGAACUCUCAAAGAUCACGAUGCCCAUCGCCUUCAACGAGCCUCUGAGCUUCCUGCAGAGAAUCACCGAAUACAUGGAACACACUUACCUCAUCAACAGAGCCUGCUCUCUGUCCAACUCCAUAGAGCGCAUGCAGGCAGUAGCUGCUUUUGCUGUGUCAGCAGUUGCGUCUCAGUGGGACAGAACUGGAAAACCCUUCAACCCUCUGCUGGGAGAGACUUAUGAGCUCACCAGAGAGGAUCAGGGUUUCCGGCUGGUAUUGGAGCAGGUAUCCCAUCAUCCCCCAGUGAGUGCCUUCCAUGCAGAGAGUCUGGUUGGGGACUUCGUCUUCCACGGCUCCAUCUACCCCAAACUCAAGUUCUGGGGCAAGAGUGUUGAGGCUGAGCCUAAAGGGACCAUCACACUAGAGCUACUCAAGCACCAUGAGGCUUACACAUGGACUAACCCUUACUGCUGUGUCCACAAUAUCAUCCUGGGCAAACUCUGGAUCGAGCAGUACGGCACAGUGGAGAUAGUCAACCACAGCACUGGAGACAAGUGUGUGUUGAAUUUCAAGCCCUGUGGGAUGUUUGGCAAAGAGCUGCACAAAGUGGAGGGAUACAUCCAGGAUAAGAGUAAAAAGAAGCACUGUGUCAUCUAUGGGAAGUGGACCGAGUGCAUGUGGAGUGUCGACCCUCGGACCUAUGAGGCCCACAAGAAGUCGGAGAGGAGAGGAGACAACAAGAAGCAAAAAAAUGAGGAGCAGGUGGGAGCGGUGAACGAUGACGCAGACGACAUGCCCGAAGUCCAGGAGACGGUUUCUGUUGUACCAGGAAGCACUCUGCUGUGGAGGAUAGACUCCAGACCGGCACAUUCUGCUGAGAUGUACAACUUUACCAACUUUGCAAUGUCUCUCAAUGAGCUGGAGCCCGGCAUGGAGACCAACGUGUCCCCCACAGACUGUCGCUUCCGGCCGGACAUCAGAGCCAUGGAAAAUGGCAACAUGUAUGAGGCCAGUACGGAGAAGGAGAGACUGGAGGACAAACAGAGAGCUGCCAGAAAGGAGAGAGCCAAGAAUGAGGAGGAGUGGUCUACCAGGUGGUUUCAGAUGGGCACCAACCCGUAUACGAGCUCCCAGGGCUGGCUUUACAGCGGUGGCUACUUCAAUAGGAACUACCAAGACAUGCCUGGUAUCUACUGAGAGCCCGCUAGCCUUCAUCCGCCUCCUCCUCUAUAACCUGCAAUGAACUGCCUGUGAUGAGAUGAAGAGAAAUGUUAAGAAUCCACGAACCCAUCUUCAUCUUCCUUAAACUGACCGACACACCCAGCACAAUGUGGAAAGACUUACAAUGGAUCCAAAUGCCCGUAACUCCUCCUAAACAGCAACUACGUUUUCAGGUCUUUUUUUUGUGUUCUUCAAUGUGUGUGAUUUCACACCACGUAUCGACCAGCACGUGUUUCCCAUCUCUCUGCCCCGACCAUUUUAUUUCUGACCAGUCGCACCGGCAGAGAGCUGGUCCAUGCGAAGCAACAAUUAGCGGCCCCUAAACCCACGGAUCUGAAUCUGAAUGUUUACCUUCUUUACAAUCAACUUCUCCCCAGCUGCCAAGCCUAUGGACGACGGCGUUUUCAUUGCCAUUAAUGAGGUAAAAACACAAUAAUCACGUUGAUGGAUUUAUGGACAUGGACGGACACCCAGUCAGCAGGGAAAUCAGGGAUGUGAAUGCUCCUUUGACUGAAGAAGAAGAAGAUGCUUUUUAUUUUAUUUUUAAAGCUCAGAAAAUAAAUAUCGGUGAUAUUGUACUCUAUAAGGAACAAAACUUUAAAUAUAUACUGGUUUAACCAGUUGAGAUAAAUCGAUUGCAAGCAUGAGCUCAUUACUGUCCAUGUGUCGUCUCCCUAAAACAUUUAGUAUCCAGCCUCUUAUUAACCUCCUGCUUAGGGUUUAUGUAUUGAAAUAAGUCAACGACUAAAGAAAAUAUGUUCUCUCGAUAACAGUGGAAUGUCCAUCUAGACCUGACCAUAAACCACAUGAUGAUCUGAUGCUCUCCUACAAGUCAACCGAUGAAUGAAUGGGGCACAGGUUCAGUGGUGACUGUCGUCUUGGCCCGUAGCCUCUCUGUGUCUGUAAAAUUAGCAUUGUACAGGAGGACGAACAGCCCCACGUGAAUGCCCUCUUUUGUAAAAGAAAACAUCGAGCAGCUGGAGGGCAGGCUGACCUGAAUGUUUACAUGCAGCUUGGCUCACUCUGCUGGCUGCUAAGUCACAGCUGAGGGCAGCUGGGACUCAAAAACAGACUUCACGCAAGUGCAGGUUUGUCAUCCUCUGGUUCGUACAUCUCGUCUUCACAAGCUCCUUGUGUUUAAAGGCACAUUUGUGUCCCCCCGCCCCCACAGGCAGGUCAGAGGUGAGGGUUUACCAGAUCCGGGACACUUUUUGGGGGUGUGAGCUGUAACAGGAACCAGAUGUGAUUUAAGUAGUAAUGACAUGUGACCUGUUCUUACAAGGACAACCACAACCAUUCUGUCCUUAAAGGUCAAAUGUGAUGGUCACUGCCUGCAUGUAAAGUUGAACCCGGAGGACUAAAUUUAAAUCUCCCACUUAAUGAAAGGAGUUUGACCCUUAUGACAGAAUAUUAAAAGUGAUGACCUCGCCAAUAACACCAAGUUCAUUUACGUAACGGCAGCGUUGCAUUCAUCGUGUGAAUGAGUGUAUAAAUAUGUACAGACACUUAUUAAGCCAUUUUAACUACAAGAGAGGGAUGGAAUGUGCUGUGUCAGUGAUGGGAAUUUAACAAUGUGAACCCCUCAAGAUUUACAUUAUUAAUAAUCUCACUCACUAAGGUAUGAUUAAUAAAAGUGUAAUAACAAGUGUAAUAACAUGUUAGAUGCUAGAGAUCACUCACAAAAUGUCACUAAAAGAGACACUCAACGAGAUGCUACAUCAUUUAAAAGAAAGGAAUACAACUACUGACGUAACAUGACCACACAAAACAACACACAACGUCUGUAGUAAGGCCAAUGGGGUCUAAAAGUUUGGAUACUGAUUGGAGUAAAAAAAAAAGAAGCCACAUGUCAAUAGUUUGCCAAAAAGAAAUUGAAAAUGCUAAUGAAUGUCAGCACAAAAGGUGAAAGAAAAAGAGCCUCUCUUCCAGGGGGACUGGACAGCGGAGCGCAAACUGCUGUGCGAACGGCCGUCUGGUGUUUGUGCAGAAACUGCUCACGACCUCGGAAGUCCUUUAUCGACUGCUCAGCUCUCGUCGAAGCAGACGCCCUAUGAGGCCGCGGGGCUCGCUGCCCUCGCUCGUCUCGCGCCGGGAUUUGAAUUUCGUAAACGUAUGAUGAACCGUUUUCACCCCCUCGACUCUACACAUUCCAUGCACACCUAUUUGCACUGGUGAGAACUAGUUUCUGUUAAAAGAAAAAUGCUAAAUGAACAUCCAAAUAAUGACUUUGCCUUCUUAGUUUAUAUUAAUAUAUUCCAAACAAUUGGACAUUAUUAUAACCUUUUGGCGAAUACACAUCUUGUAUCAACUUAUAGUUUGUAAAAAUCAAAAAACUUCUAAUCUGUCAUGCUUAGUUCCUCCUUUCAUUCCCUUGUUUCUUUUGUGUGUUUUUAUAUUUAUGUUUAUUAUUUAUGAUGUUUGAGGUUUUACGAAAUAAUUCAGUUGUAGGUUUUUUCUUCUUCUUUUGCUUACGUAGCUAAAUCAGACAGUGCUUAAUUUAAUUAUCUCAAUUAAAGAGGAACAGGGGUUGUUUAAUGGAGUGUAAUCGGGGCUUAAAGUGAACUCCACUUGCCGGUGUAACGCGAGUUACCGUGGCCACCACAUCUGUCGGAUCCAUAAGCCAGUAACAUGUCGGUAGAUUUGUCAUGUUAUUACAAAUCAAUCGCAUAAACACUACUUGAGUUGAACGGAUGCUCCAGUGGUAAAAGAACCUAAACAGGAAGGAAGUAGUUGACUGUCAUCCCUGCUGGUGAAGUGGCUCAGUUAUUAUUCUAGAUCUGUUGCUUUGAGUGUUGGUUCUCUCUAAAACAAAUGUCUUCUCUUGAGUUUGACCCUCCUUCUCCUGGACUGUAUCAUGGGCUUGUCAAUGUUUUAUGUGUACAAGUGCUGCACAGAAGUAAUCACGAGCAAAAAGGCAUAUCGUUUUCUGCAAUUGAUUUAUUUUUUAUAGUAUUUAAGCAAUUUUUGGUGAGAACAUUGUACCAGCGGUUUUAUUUUCAGGUGGGGGACUGUAAGGAGUCAAGUUUAAUCUCUGGACAGUUUAAGAUUAAUGUACAAGGGGAAAGGUCUACUAAUAAAAUCCUAAUUUCAAUUUGGAA